AUGAACUCGAUCCUGUCCACCUUCACGCCCGAUGCUUCGGGAACACCGCCCAAGCAGACGGAUUACAUCCCCUGGCUGACGCUCAACGAUGGCAACAAGAUUCCAAUGCUCGCCUACGGCCUGGGUACGGCCAAUUACAAAUCUGGCGGCGCAAGCUUUGAUGAUAAAAUCGUCGAUUACACAGUCCAGGCCAUCAAAGUCGGAUACCGUCAUCUUGAUGGCGCCGAAGUCUACGGAAACGAAGAAGAGCUCGGCGCGGCUAUCAAGAAGGCCGGCGUACCCAGAGAGAAGCUGUUCGUCACCACUAAGAUCAGCGGAACCAAGAAGCAGGAUACCGAAGAAUCCUUCAAGCGUUCUUUGGAGAAACUCGGUCUUGAGUACGUGGAUCUCUACCUCAUCCAUGCACCCUUCUUCGCCGACUCGGACGAGGAGCUCCAGCAGAAAUGGGCAGAUCUCGAGGCCAUUAAGGAAUCCGGCCGGGCCAAGUCCAUCGGCGUCAGCAACUUCCUCCAACCCCACCUCGAGGCCAUCUUGAAGACGGCCAAGAUCCCUCCUGCCAUCAACCAGAUCGAGUUUCACCCUCAUCUGCAGCAUGGCGACCUGCUGGAUUUCCACCGCAAGAACAGGAUUGCCGUCUCUGUCUAUGGCCCCCUGACCGCCAUCACUUCCGACGUCGAAUCUUCCGUCAGGACCAUCUAUGCCAACUUGUCCAAAAAGUAUGGCGUGAGCGAUUCCAUCAUCGCACUUCGAUGGUGCAUCGACCAAGGUCUGAUCACCAUCACCACCUCUUCCAAGGAAGAAAGGCUCCAGAGUUAUAUGAACCACCUGCCCGCCAUUAAGCUCACGCCACGGGAGGUGAAUGAGAUUGCAAAGGCUGGCGAGACCAAGCAUUUCCGUCGGUUCUGGAAGAAUAAGUUCGACCCCAACGAUAGGAGCUGA